AGUAAAGGCAAGAAGGUGUCCAACGUCAAACGGGCAUUAAACUUGUUUGAUGACAUGUAUGGUCCAUACUUUGGUCAGGAGUGGCCCAAAAUUCGCAUUGCACUGCAGUGCCAGUUAAAGUACUGUGCCGUAAUCAACAACUUUUCAUCAAGGGCAGAUGACUCGAAGCGAAAACUGGAAGAUCUACGUGCGUUCAACUUAUUUGAGGCGGAACUAAUGGCAAACAGGUCUUCAUCAGCUGACACGCAGCGGCAGCAUAAAAAUUCCCAAUUUAAACAUUCCGGAUCAUUUGAGUCUGAUAGUUAUCACCCAAGACAGACCACUGAUGCUGUCAGUGGUCGUGAUACUGCUGCUAAGGAUGAAGAUGGAAGCAAUGCAAGUGUGAGCACUGCUGGUGCAGAUGAUGCUGCCAGUGCACUGAGCAAUGUGGAGGGCGCCACCGAGCACGCGAACAGUUGCGACCAGCACCCAAGCAGCAGUCCAGAUACAACACCUACUGGAAAUGCAGACAUAUAUGACUUUGUGCCUGCUACAAAGCUGAGAGGUCCUAGUAUAGAGAGAGAGGAAAAAUUCCAGACUGACUACGGUUACAUUUUUGAAAAACCUAGAGAGGUGCGUAGGGAAGAAUGCAUGCAUGCAUAUCAGAGAGUUCCAGAAAGGUUAAAGGCCUAUGUAUAUAAGAAGGGAGAUCUAUCUCUAUUUCCUCCGCCACGCACAGAUAUUUCUAAGAUCUUGGAUUACUAUUUGAUGGAUGCUUCAUCAAUCCUUCCCACACUGGCCUUAGACUUGAAGUUUGGAAACACUGUGCUCGACCUCUGUGCUGCCCCUGGUGGCAAGACCUUGACUAUGUUGCAACAGGAGGACUUAGGUGGCCUACUCUGCAAUGAUGUGUCGUUCAGCAGAUUGAGGCGCCUGCGAAGUGUACUUAAAUCCUACGUUCCUGCAACUGUCCAGGAGAGGAUGGCUAUCACAACAAGUCACCUUCCUGGUGAUCGAGUUGCCCCAUACAGCAGCUUUAACAAGGUAUUGGUGGACGUCCCGUGUACCACGGACAGGCAGUCCAUGCUGGUAGAAGAUAACAACUGGUUCUCAACUAGUAGAACAAAAGAGCGCCAUCAGCUGCCAGAGCUUCAGGCCAGGUUACUCUGUGACGGCAUUCGUGCCGUGAAAGUAGGGGGCAUUGUAGUCUACUCAACGUGCUCACUCUCACCUAUUCAGAAUGACGGUGUCGUACAGAUGGCACUGCAAACGCUGUGGGAAAAAUCUUCAAUCGACGUAGUAAUUCGAAAUUUAGAUCCAGUGCAGCAGCAGUUUGAAGAUUUUUUCAGUUUCUACAGUGGGUGCCGAUAUGGGCAGCUUGUAGUUCCCACGCUUCUCUCCAAUUUUGGGCCAAUGUACUUCUGUAAAAUAGAACGUGUUAAGUAGGGCCGUUCUAUUCAAGUACUAUCAGUGACUAUAUAUAGAGCAACUAAAUUUUAUGUUUUCAGACAGCCGUUUUAUGAAGGCAAGUUGCGAUAUGUAUUUUUCGUCAAUCGGGUAAUGUGAAAGUGUUGGAAAUACCGUGUGGUUAGUAAAUAAAAGUUGUGCUGUAGCUAGGGAGCAUACAUUUUA